AUGGCCUCAUCCAAGAAUGUGGUUUUCGACAUCGUCGGCACACUCGUCAGCUACGAUCACCUCUACAAUGCAAUCGAUAGUCGCCUAGGCGACCGUCUUCGCGCUGAAGGAAUCAAGCCCUGGCUCCUUGGUUCCGCAUGGAUGGAAACUGCCGAACGCGAAUAUACCAAUCUGAGUAUCUCGGGAAGAUAUCGCCCCUAUGCAGAGGUAUUUGAAUCUCUCUUCUACCGCGUCCUUGGAAUGAUGGGUGGAGUUAAGGCCCCGCGCGCUUUUGCUUCUGCUGAGGAUCUCGCGUAUAUCAUGCACGAGUAUCAGUCUCUCACUAUGCGUCCUGGUGCGGCGGAGUGUGUGCAGAAGCUUCGGGAUGCUGGGUUUACGGUCUGGGCGUUUACGGCUGCAGAUCUAAAGAGAGUUGGAGGCUAUUUUCAGAAGGCUGGAAUUGAAUUACCAGCAGAGAAUUUGAUUUCUUGUGACUCUGUUGGGGUUGGGAAGCCUGAUUUGGCUGCUUAUGGACCUUUGUUGGAGAAGUUGACUUCGGAAAAUGAGGGUAAGAUCCCGUGGUUUGCUGCUGCUCAUAUGUGGGACGUUUCCGCUGCUCGCAGGGCUGGUUUCAAGGGGGCAUAUUGUACUGUGCUCGAGCAGGAGGCGUUGACCAACUUAUUUGGAGAUAUGGAUGUCAUUGAUGGUACUUUACCUGGGAUGGCUGAGAAAAUCAUUGCCCAUCAAGCAGGGAAAUUAGAGAAUGAGUACGGUCAUCGCUGUCAACAGCAGGGAGUGUGA